GCUAGGUUGAUCUUCACACGAAUCGACUCAGAGAAGCUGCCGAUAGACUCGCCGACAUGGGUUCCAGAAAAGGUCUUUCCAGGCCUCCACCCGACGCCAGCAUGGAGCUCAAACCACGCAAUAAACUACGUCGUCAGAUGAUCCAUAUCAAGAGAAAGCGCGCCAAGGAUUCCGCUCGCCGCACCGAACGGUAUGCAUUUAAGAAGGAAGAGGCUAAGAACCCCCGCUUGAGGGAAGAACGGUUGAAGCGCAACAUUCCGCUUACCAUUGAUCGGAAGCGGGUGUGGGACGAGGCUGACAGUGACGUUGAGGAUGGGUUGGGACUGAGCGUUGAUGUGGAGCGCAUCAAGAGGCGCAAGCAAGAAGAAGAGGAUGAGUUGAACCGACCUUUGGAAGAUGCGGAGCAGUCGGAGGACGAGGACGGCGAAGAGGAGGAGGAGGAGGAUGACGUCGACAGUAUGCUGGCCAGCAGUGAUGAGGAGGACAACGGAGAGGACGAUGAAGAAGAUGAGAAGGAGGACGACUCUCGAGGACGGCGCAAAUCGGCUCUUCCUUCGGCUACCGAGCGUGCGACCAGCCCGUCGCAAUCGACCAAGAGCACCAACCUCAGUCUUGUUCCCGAUGCGCUGGCCGCCAAAUUCCCCUCGUUGUUCAACCUCGAAAACGCCUCUCCCAAGAUCCUCAUCACCACCUCUCUUAAUUCGACCCUUCACCACGAGGCUGAGUUGCUCACCGAUCUCUUCCCAAACUCGCACUACGUCCGCCGCACUCGUCACCGAUUCGCUCACCAGUUCUCCAUCCGCGAGAUUGCCAAAUUCGCCUCCAAUCGAAACUACACCGCAUUAGUCAUCCUGCGUGAAGACCAGAAAAAGCCUACCGGCCUGGACAUUGUUCACCUCCCGACUGGCCCCAUGUUUCACUUCUCCAUGACCAACUGGGUUGAGGGCAAACGCAUUCCUGGACACGGCAGAGCCACCGAGCAUUGGCCCGAGCUCAUUCUCAACAACUUCCGCACUCCCCUGGGUCUCUUGACAGCCCAUCUGUUCCGUACUCUGUUCCCCGCCCAGCCGGAAAUACAAGGCCGGCAAGUCGUCACCGUUCUCAAUAGUCGCGAUUAUCUUUUCUUUCGCCGUCACCGCUAUGUCUUCCGGGAUAAGCGAGAGACCGAAAAAGCUGUGGUUGGCGCGGAUGGUAAAGAGAUGAAGGGUGCCGAGGGCAUCCGGGCUGGUAUGCAGGAGCUGGGACCCCGCUUCACACUCAAGCUGCGCCGUAUCGAUAAGGGUAUCCAACGGGCUAGCGGUCAAGAGUGGGAAUGGAAGGGUGGCAUGGAGAAAACCCGCACCAAGUUCCAGUUGUGAUGCAUUUGCUUUCAUUGCUUAUCUUGAAGAUAUCCAGCCUUGUUUGAUUGCAUUGGGGGUCGGAUGGGCGUUCUCUUGGUUGCCUCAAAAGCAUCGGUUUUGGCUUGGUUUUGUGUUCGUUCUUUGUAAAGAUAUCACUCUACAUCUAUCUCAUCGUGCAUAGAAGAAUUAUUGCUGUGGGAAAGCGGGCCAGCC